CGGGCCCGCUGGGAGCCAAUCUGUCCCGCGCCGCGCCGCGCCGGCCGGGAGGGGGCCGGAUCCCGGACCAUGGCGGCGGCGGCGGCCCAGGAGGGGAGGCGCGCGGCCCUGGAGGCGGCGGUGGCGGCACCUGAGCGGGGCGGCGGGAGCUGCGUGCUGUGCUGCGGGGACCUGGAGGCCACGGCGCUGGGCCGCUGCGACCACCCGGUGUGCUACCGCUGCUCCACCAAGAUGCGGGUGCUGUGCGAGCAGCGCUACUGCGCCGUGUGCCGCGAGGAGCUGCGCCAGGUGGUCUUUGGGAAGAAGCUUCCUACCUUUGCCACAAUCCCUAUCCAUCAGCUUCAGCAUGAGAAGAAGUAUGACAUCUACUUUGCCGAUGGAAAAGUGUUUGCCUUGUACAGGCAGCUGCUGCAGCACGAGUGCCCACGGUGUCCUGAGCUGCCACCUUUUGGCCUCUUUGGGGACCUGGAGCAGCAUAUGCGGAAGCAACAUGAGCUAUUCUGCUGCAAGCUGUGCCUCAAACACCUCAAGAUCUUCACAUAUGAGCGCAAGUGGUACUCGCGCAAGGACCUGGCUCGGCACCGCAUGCAGGGGGACCCUGACGACACGUCGCACCGUGGGCACCCGCUCUGCAAGUUCUGUGACGAGCGCUACCUGGACAACGACGAGCUCCUCAAGCACCUGCGUCGCGACCACUACUUCUGCCACUUCUGCGACUCAGACGGGGCCCAGGACUACUACAGCGACUACGCGUAUCUGCGUGAGCACUUCCGAGAAAAGCACUUUCUGUGCGAGGAGGGUCGCUGCAGCACCGAGCAGUUCACCCACGCAUUCCGUACGGAGAUCGACCUCAAGGCCCACAAGAUGGCCUGCCACAGCCGGAGCCGUGCCGAGGCCCGCCAGAACCGCCAGAUCGACCUGCAGUUCAGCUACACGCCGCGGCACUCACGCCGGAACGAGGGGGUUGUUGGUGGCGAGGACUACGAGGAGUUGGACAGGUACAACCGCCAGGGCCGCACGGGCCGGGCCAGUGGUCGUGGAGCCCAGCAGAGCCGCCGAGGAAGCUGGAGGUACAAGAGGGAAGAAGAAGACCGAGAAGUGGCAGCUGCCAUCCGGGCCUCGGUGGCCGCGCAGCAGCAACAGCAGCAGCAGCAGCAGCAGCAGCAGCAGCAGGACACACGCAGGAGUGAGGACCAGGAGGAGGGCAGCAGGCCCAGGAAGGAGGAGGCAGGUGCGCGGGGUCCUGAGGAGCCCCGGGGCCCCUGGCGCCCGCCCCGGACUCAGGGCGAAGGCCCAGGCUCCAAGGAAGCCUCAAUAAAUGGUCCUGUGAGCCAAGAGGCCUUGCCAGCAACUGGCUCGGCUGCAGGAGCCACAUUUCCAAGUGCUCUCCCGCCCCCCACUUCGAAGCUCAAGGACGAAGACUUCCCCAGUCUCUGUGCCUCCACUUCUUCCCCCUGCUCCGCAGCAGCUGCCCUGGGCCCCGUGGGGCUGGCGCUGGCCUACUCUGUCCCCGCCAGGGGCAGGAGCACCUUCCAGGAGGAGGACUUUCCUGCCCUGGUGUCCUCUGCCUCCAAGCCCAGCACUGCCCCCACCAGUCUCAUCUCUGCCUGGAACAGCAGUGGUAGCAAGAAGGUGGCGCAUCCCGCCCCAGGGGCCCAGUCUGCCAGCGGGGGAAGCCAGCCCCCCAGGAAGGCUGGGAAGGGGGGUAAGGGUGGUAAAAAGAGCGGACUGCCCCGCGCGGAGGAGGAGGAGGAGGAGGAUGGCCGCUCCAGCCUCACCACCCAGGAGGUGCGGGGCGUGCCCACGACAGUCGCCGUUUCUUCCCUGCUGGCUGUGGCCUCCACCCAGACCUUCACCAAGGUCGGCAAGAAGAAGAAGGUGGGCUCCGAGAAGUCGGGUGCCUCAUCUCCCCCGCCACUGCCCCCUGACAAAGAUGGGCCCCCCGGGGCUGAGCAGGCCCCCGCGGCCCCCACUGGCAGAGCUGAGGGGUCAGCUGCUGUCAUCGUCAACGGACACACAGAGGGGCUGGUCCCAGCUCGGAGCAUCCCCAAGGAACCCCCUGGGCUCCCGAGGCCCCUGGGGCCCCUCCCCUGCCCCACGCCCCAGGAAGACUUCCCAGCGCUCUGCGGCCCCUGCCCACCCAGGAUGCCCCCGCCCCCAGGCUUCAACACCGUGGUGCUCCUGAAGGGCGCUCCGCCUCCACCUCCACCGGGUCUGGUGCCCCCUGUCAGCAAGCCACCCCCUGGCUUCUCUGGCCUUCUGCCUAGCCCCCACCCGGCCUGUGUCCCCAGCACUACGACCACCACGAAAGCGCCAACACCCGUGCCACGGGCCUACCUGAUCCCCGAGAACUUCCGGGAAAGGAACCUGCAGCUCAUCCAGUCCAUCAAGGACUUUCUGCAGAGCGACGAGGCCUGCUUCAGCAAGUUCAAGAGCCACUCGGGGCAGUUCAGACAGGGCGUGAUCUCCGCAGCCCAGUAUUACAAAAGCUGCCGGGACCUGCUGGGGGAAAACUUCCAGAAGAUCUUCAACGAGCUGCUGGUGCUCCUGCCUGACACGGCCAAGCAGCAGGAGCUGCUGUCUGCACACACAGGCUUUCGAGGCCGUGAGAGGCCUGCCGGCACCAAGGCCAAGAAGAGCAAGAAGAGUGCAUGGCAGGCCAGCACCCAGCAGGCGGGCCUGGACUGCUGCGUGUGCCCCACCUGCCAGCAGGUGCUCGCGCACGGUGAUGUCAACAGCCACCAGGCGCUGCACGCUGCCCGGGACGACGACUUCCCCUCCCUGCAGGCCAUCGCCAGGAUCCUCACGUAGCUCCGGACGUAGCUCCUGCCAGCGCAGGCAGGAGCCGCCACACCCAUGAGCCUCCUUUCUCCCUCCUCCUCCCUCUGGGCUGCCAGGCAGCCAGGUGAGGCCCUGGUGAGGCCACCCGCUCAGGCCCCUCAGCUGGCCGGCCUGCCAGGGAUCACCAGGAAGGCCCGCACCACCCUGUCAGCACACCGUCAUGCAGGAGUCCAUCUGGAUUUCUCCUGGGAACUGGAGAAAGACCCCUGCCUCAGCAGCAGGCUGGUCUGGGUUUACAUUCUCAUGCUUUUGGAAGGUGCUGGGGAGGGAAGGGCUGGGAUGCCAGGACCUGUGUGUGCUGUCAGAGCUGGUGGCCACGGUGGCCCAAUCUGGGACCGCCUGAGCCUGAGGGCUGCGGCACCGUGGUCCCUGAGCUGUGGGGCCAGGGAUGCUGGAGUCAGAUGUUGAGUGUGUUGUGUAAACAGUUGGCUGUUUCAUUAUUCAAAAACGUUCAGGAUUAAAAGCAGACACGAAAUCGUGCUACUUGAAGUUGAAUCUUUUUACGAGACUAGCUGAAACUGGGAUCUCAAAUUGCCUCUGACCUUUUAUAAGACAGUUUAUCUUCAAAUAAAUUUAUUUUGCAAUAAUGCA